CCUUCAGCUUCUCGGGUUGGCAGGCAGCUAGUGGCGGCCGAGGAAGGUGCCUAAGUCGGGAGUCAGAUAGUCAUCCCUCUGGGACGCCGCCGCCGCCGUCUAGCCGCGGCUCCGUCACACCUUUUUUAAAAUGAAGAAGUUUAAUUUCCGAAAAGUUUUGGAUGGCUUAACUGCCUCCUCCCCUGGCAGUGGUAGCAGCAGUGGCAGUAACAGUGGUGGUGGGGCUGGAAGUGGUUCCGUACAUCCAGGAGGGACUGCAGGGGUUCUCAAAGAGGAGAUUCAGGAAACCCUGACUUCAGAGUAUUUCCAGAUUUGCAAGACAGUUCGGCAUGGUUUUCCUUAUCAGCCCACAGCAUUAGCCUUUGAUCCAGUUCAGAAAAUCUUGGCUAUUGGGACAAGAACAGGUGCUAUACGAAUACUUGGGAGACCUGGCGUUGAUUGUUAUUGCCAACAUGAAAGUGGUGCAGCUGUCCUGCAGCUCCAAUUCUUGAUCAAUGAGGGUGCUUUGGUUAGUGCAAGUUCAGAUGAUACCCUUCAUUUGUGGAAUCUUAGACAAAAAAGGCCAGCUAUUCUUCAUUCUCUUAAAUUUAACCGAGAACGAAUUACUUACUGUCAUCUACCUUUCCAGAGUAAAUGGCUCUAUGUUGGAACAGAAAGAGGAAAUACACAUAUUGUAAAUAUUGAAUCUUUCAUUCUUUCUGGAUAUGUUAUCAUGUGGAACAAGGCAAUUGAGCUAUCCACAAAGACUCAUCCAGGUCCAGUUGUACAUUUAAGUGAUAGCCCAAGAGACGAAGGGAAACUGCUGAUAGGUUAUGAAAAUGGUACUGUAGUAUUCUGGGACUUGAAAUCUAAAAGAGCAGAACUAAGAGUUUAUUAUGAUGAGGCUAUCCAUUCAAUUGACUGGCAUCAUGAGGGCAAACAAUUCAUGUGCAGCCAUUCAGAUGGUAGCUUGACCUUAUGGAACCUGAAAAGCCCAAGUCGUCCCUUCCAGACCACAAUUCCACAUGGAAAAAGUCAAAGAGAAGGAAGAAAAUCUGAAUCUUGUAAACCAAUUCUUAAAGUAGAAUACAAGACCUGUAGAAACAGUGAACCAUUCAUAAUAUUUUCUGGUGGAUUGUCCUAUGACAAAGCUUGCAGAAGACCAAGUUUAACCAUCAUGCAUGGAAAAGCAAUUACAGUGCUUGAAAUGGAUCAUCCUAUUGUUGAAUUUCUUACUUUAUGUGAAACACCCUAUCCAAAUGAAUUUCAAGAACCUUAUGCUGUUGUAGUACUUCUGGAAAAAGAUCUCAUUGUAGUUGAUCUGACACAAAGCAAUUUUCCAAUCUUUGAAAAUCCAUAUCCCAUGGACAUUCAUGAGUCACCAGUUACAUGCACAGCAUACUUUGCUGAUUGCCCACCAGAUCUGAUUCUAGUACUCUACUCUGUAGGAGUCAAGCAUAAAAAACAAGGAUACAGUAAUAAGGAGUGGCCAAUCAGUGGAGGAGCUUGGAACCUUGGAACACAAACAUAUCCAGAAAUUAUUAUUACUGGUCAUGCAGACGGAUCAAUAAAAUUUUGGGAUGCUUCUGCAAUAACUCUGCAGAUGCUGUACAAGCUAAAAACUUCAAAAGUGUUUGAAAAACAGAAGGUGGGAGAAGGAAAACCAACAUGUGAAAUUAUAGAGGAAGAUCCAUAUGCCAUUCAGAUGAUUUACUGGUGUCCAGAGAGCAGAAUAUUCUGUGUAUCAGGAGUUUCUGCAUAUGUCAUAAUUUAUAAAUUCAGCAGACAUGAAAUAACAACAGAAAUAGUGUCAUUAGAGGUACGACUUCAGUAUGAUAUUGAAGAUAUUAUUACCCCAGAACCAGAAACAAGUCCUCCAUUUCCAGAUCUCUCAUCCCAGCUUCCUUCUUCAAGGAGUCUUUCCGGAAGCACUAACACUGUGGCUAGUGAAGGAGGAACAAAGGACAGUAUCCCAUGCCUCAAUGUUAAGACACGACCAGUGCGGAUGCCUCCAGGGUAUCAAGCAGAGCUUGUUAUUCAGUUGGUGUGGGUGGAUGGUGAGCCUCCCCAACAGAUUACUAGUCUUGCUGUAAGCUCAGCAUAUGGAAUAGUUGCAUUUGGGAACUGCAAUGGGUUGGCUGUGGUGGAUUUUAUACAGAAGACAGUACUGUUAAGCAUGGGGACCAUUGACCUAUAUAGAUCAAGUGACCUAUACCAACGUCAACCACGGUCACCUCGAAAAAACAAGCAGUUCAUUGCAGACAACUUUUGCAUGCGUGGCCUGUCUAACCUUUAUCCUGAUUUAACGAAACGGAUCCGUACUUCCUAUCAGAGUUUAACUGAGCUAAAUGACAGUCCAGUUCCCCUGGAACUCGAGCGCUGCAAGUCUCCCACUUCAGAUCAUGUAAAUGGACACUGCACAAGUCCAACCUCUCAGAGUUGCAGUUCUGGAAAACGUCUGUCAAGUGCUGAUGUUUCAAAAGUAAAUCGCUGGGGUCCUGGAAGACCACCAUUUCGGAAAGCACAAUCAGCUGCUUGCAUGGAAAUUUCUUUACCAGUCACAACAGAAGAAAGCCGAGAAAAUUCCUAUAAUCGUUCUAGAAGCUCUAGCAUCUCCAGUAUUGACAAAGAUUCGAAAGAAGCAAUUACAGCACUAUACUUCAUGGAAUCCUUUGCUCGGAAAAAUGACCCUACGGUCUCCCCUUGUUUGUUUGUUGGAACUAGUCUGGGAAUGGUUUUAAUCAUCUCCCUGAACCUACCUUCAGCAGAUGAACAAAGAUUUACAGAGCCAGUCAUGGUAUUGCCAAGUGGUACAUUCCUCUCACUGAAAGGAGCUGUGCUAACAUUCUCCUGUAUGGACCGAAAUGGCGGAUUAAUGCAACCGCCAUAUGAAGUUUGGAGGGAUCCAAACAACGUAGAUGAAAAUGAAAAAUCUUGGAGAAGGAAACUGGUCAUGAACUGCCCUUCUCCAUCCCAAGAAAUAGGAGAUCAUCAGUAUACAAUAAUCUGCUCAGAAAAACAAGCCAAAGUCUUCUCACUGCCUUCUCAGACUUGUCUUUAUGUUCAUAACAUCACCGAGACAUCUUUUAUACUCCAAGCAGAUGUGGUGGUCAUGUGUAACAGUGCCUGCUUGGCAUGCUUUUGUGCCAAUGGGCAUAUCAUGAUAAUGAGCCUACCUAGUCUUCGCCCAGUGUUGGAUGUUAAUUAUUUGCCACUGACAGACAUGAGGAUAGCACGGACAUUUUGUUUUACCAAUGAAGGCCAGGCAUUAUACCUCGUCUCUCCUACUGAAAUUCAGCGGUUAACAUACAGCCAAGAGAUGUGUGAUAAUCUUCAGGACAUGCUAGGAGAUCUGUUUAUUCCCAUUGAGACACCAGAAGCUCAAAACAGAGGCUUUCUCAAGGGACUCUUUGGUGGAAGUGGACAAACAUUUGACAGAGAAGAGCUCUUUGGGGAAGCUUCAGCAGGAAGAGCAUCUCGCAGCUUGGCCCAGCAUAUUCCCGGACCAGGUGGUAUAGAAGGGAUGAAAGGUGCUGCCGGAGGGGUGAUGGGAGAGCUGACACGUGCUCGGAUCGCACUUGAUGAGAGAGGACAGAGGCUAGGAGAGCUGGAAGAGAAGACUGCAGGCAUGAUGACCAGCGCGGAAGCAUUUUCCAAACAUGCACAUGAGUUAAUGCUGAAAUAUAAGGAUAAGAAAUGGUACCAAUUCUAAACUUCUAAAGAAGCUCUGACUGCUUUGAGAAACCAUUAUUCAGGGAAACCAAAUUUAUUCCCAGCAUCACUAUUCAACUUGCUAGAAGCCAGUUUCUUCUACAAAAUGUUCCAUUACAGUACAUCUGAAGUUAUCAUAAGGGAAAUUUAUUAGACACUGUACAACCCAAAGGCGGGAACCCUGGUUAAAAUCCCAAGACACGGCUGAGUUUGUCUUUUCCCAACGUGGAAUGGAGCUAUCAUCUUGGCCUGUCAUUUGCUAAGGAUUUACAUUUAGGAACUACGGGGAGUCCUUCUGAUUUGAAAAAAUCCUGUACAAACAAAAGCAUUAAUGCACUUAAAAAAAAAAUCUUUGCAUGAUAAAUUAACAUCCUAAGAGGAAAAGAAAAAAAGCAUGUUGUGACAGAAGAAAAAAAGAUUUAUGGCAAACUAUUUUUAUAAAUUGGGCCAUACCUGACAAUUUAAAAAAUCUGCAUUAGAAGAUAUCAGUGUAUUUCAGGUACAUUUACCAUACCCAACUGAAAAAGAAAAGAAAACCAGAGUUUUCUUCUCAUCUAUAACUUUCAUUAUACUAGGACAUUAUUGAAUUCUUAUGGCAAGAGUCUGAUUAAUGUUUGUCUUUCCAUAAUAUUUUACAUCAUCACCGUUAUCAGUCAUAAUCGAGUAUUGCCAGGAUAAUAAGUCAUUCCUCACACAGUAAUUUCCGUUUGUCACUUUCAGAACAAUUGGCUAGUUUUAGUCAUAAACCGUGCAGGGUUGGGUCACCUCAAAGCAUUUUUUCAGCCUGGCUUGUGCUCUGCAGGGGAGUUAAUGAUAAGUUGGGGGAAACUAGACUACAGGAACAGUGCAGUUAGCUUUGAGAACUGAUUUCACACACUCUGGUUUCAGUUUCUAAAGGGAUAUGUUUUUAAUGCUCCAUUUGUAUCUUUGUCUGUCAAUUACACAGUAUAUUACUGUUCAAGCCCAGUGGUGUCUUCAAUCCAAAGGUGCUCUUGCAGCCUGACACUCACAGACCAAACUGGUCAUUCUCUUUAAUAUGAUUCAGUAAAACCUCAGUUAAUGUUUUGGGAAAGAGAUUCUGAUUUACUACAUUUCUGAUUAACAAGGGCUUUCAUUAGUAAAUACUUUUUGGUUCAAUACUUAUUAUUGAAAAUCUUUAUAAAAUGUAGUAUUUUUGCUAUGUUGGCCUUAGUCACCAUUAUAGACAACAGAAAUACAGAGAGAAUUUAAUGAUACAAAAUGAAUAAUUUUGUCACUCUUUAGGCUAAAUGAUAUAAGCCACAAAUUAUGUCAGUAGAUACCGAACACCUUUUCCUUAUUAAAAACUCUUUUCAAAGUGAAAUAAGGCAUACCCUUAAUAUGAUAAAAGUUAUCUGUCAUAACAGCGAGGCUCUAGAGGCAAAUAAAUAAAUAAAGACACCUGCUAUCAUUAUUUAACCUGAUUCUGGAAAUUAAAAGUCAUAGAAAAUGAAUAUAUGCAGGUUCUAGGACCCAUCCUGUAAUAUGUUGUUCCUUCAAAAAUAAUUUUUUUAAAAAAAUUAAUGGGUUUGACUUAAUGAAUUUUGAUUAUUCCAGGUCUUACCAGAUUUGCAUUUGUGUUUCCUAAGAAUUCACCAUUUUUCCUGAAAUCCAGGUUAUUUUAGUAGCCCCAAAUAGUAUUUGUUUUUUUAGAUUUUUUAAUUCUUAGUGUAUUUUUUUGAAGUGGCAAUUCCUUUAAAUGUUCUCAGUAAUUUUGAGAAAAGAUGAUAGAGUCAGAAAAUGUAUACUUUAUCUCCCCAACUCCUGAUUAGUGGAAUACAAAUUAAUGAGGUUUUACUGUAUCAGAAUUAUUUUUAUAAUUCAAAGAGACAGCAAUAACAAGAAUCUGAUGUGGAUGUGAUUUUUCUCUUUGAACUUUUCUGUUCUGUUGCACUGACCUUAGCAUGCAUGUGCAUGCACACACACCAUUACAACCACCACCACCAUCUUAUCAUCAUCGUCUUUGGAAAAUGAGUACUGUUGAUCCAUGUAAUUCUUUACAUGUCUCUUCUCCACUGUUUAAAUGUCUUGCCUCUAUCUUGGAACAUAAGAAAAAUACUCCUAGUAACUUGGACAAUGAUAGAGAAAAUAACUCUGAGUCUUUGUCAUCAAAAUUACAUUAUAUCUACUAUGGUGGCUUCAGAAGAUAAGCUUGCAAGCUACAGUCUCCAAGUCGACUUUAUCUCCCUAUGACUCCCUCAGGAGAUAAACCCUUCUUAGUGUCCCAGGGGAAAAUGGGUCUUUGUGCUCUAUUCACCAAUAAGAAGCUAGAAGUAUUUGUUUUCUUGAAUCUAAUAAUCCCUACCAUGAAAUCAUCCAUUAACCUUGGUGUUUGGAGGGAAGGAUGAUUGAUUUAUCAUUUAUUUUAAUCCCUUACAACUUUGCUUCCUACACUUAAGACUCAGACUUAGUGCCCCAAUCACCAUAGGGGCCAUCAUCUAACUUUGGAAGGAUAGUGACAGAACUGAGAGAGAUGUUUCCUGAUAAUUUAGUCAUAAACACAAUUUUUCAAAUCUUUUAUAUAGUCUUGGAGUGAUUCUCAAGUUAAUAAAUCAGAAUCUAGGUUUCUAUUCCUCAAAGAUCUUAAGGGAUUAUAAAAGGAAAAAAUUUAUUGUUGGAGUCCCUUUUUAUGUGACCUAUGUGUCCAAUUUUAAAUGUACCAUCUAUCUGUUAUCGGCAUUAAGGGUUCUCCAGGGCUUAGAGAAAGAAAGAGAGAGAGAUUAUGCCCAAGGUUGGUUGAAGAAGAUGAAAAUGAGCUCUUUUAAAUACUUGGUUAUAAAAUGUUUGGCAGAAGGGAAAAAUGAAAAAGGUCUAGAAAAGUAAGCUAAAAAUCCUCUCCUUGGUUUAGGAUCAUUGGGAUAACCCAGGAGAAUGUGAUUACAGUCUGACCCUAUGAAAGACAUUAUAACUUGACUACUUUCUUUGAGAGGCAAUGCCAAAAGGACUCAGACAUUUCUAUCAGGGUUUGCUCUUUGCAUCAGGAGAAAAGUGGUAGCCUUCACAGCUUCCUCACCUUUGUCUUCUGUAACACCAACCCCAUUACUGACUACAUACUAUUUCAUAUACACACUGCUCCAGGUGCCAGAGAUACUUGCCAGUAAGUCAUGUAUUCUGGAUGGCACCAUUACAGGGAGUAUGGUUGUUGUGUAGCAAGUUUAGUGUACAUAAUUGCGUAUAACAUAGUCCUAAAGGGAUAAAAUGCAGAAGAUAAGGUCUGACUUUGCAAAGUAAGAGGAAGUGCCAAUUUGGUGCAAGAGGAUUGGGGUGGGGAGGGACAUGAGAGCCAGAGUUAAGUGGAAGAGGUUUUAAUGAGAAACUAGAGGCACAGAUGGCCGCUUUUAUUUAUAUAGUUAUGUAGGGAACUGAUUCUCAACCUUGGCUGUACAUGAGAAUCACCUAAGGAGCUUUUACAAUUCCAAUUAUAUCAAAAUCUCUCGGAGUGGGAGCCGAACAUUGUUAUUUUUGAAAGCCCCCAAUGUGGUUCCAGUGUCAGCCAGGGCUGACAAACACAGCUUUAUGGUCAAUUAGGGAAGACACAUUUGUCUACCUCGGCUGGUAUCCAAGCCCCACUUCUGAGGAGUCAUGGAAGGCAAGAUGCAAAGAUACAGUGUUGUCUGGAUUGAGAAUUAUUGUGUUGUAACCCAAAACAAAGGUUCUGUGCAAAUUUCUGACCAGGCAAUGCCCCAUUGACUUUUAAUAAUUCUGUCUUUGUGAUUUUCUCCCAUGUGACUUGGCCAUUAUUCCUAUUCAAACAUCUAGGUUUUGAUUGUCUUAUACAUGUGACAUCACAAGACACAAGAAGAAAUAUAAGAAAUUCAACAGCAUGUAAAGCUAAGUGGAAAACUAAUUGUUAGUAGUUGGAUAGUGGAAAUUAAAACAAUCAUUUAUUAAAUCAGGCCCAAAUUUAUUUUUCAUUCUUCAUUUGGAGGAGACAUGGGUACUAGGUACCUGUUCUGCUAUAGUAUAUUUUACUGGACUUGAUCUUAGCAAGAAGGAAGAAUUGCAGUUCCUUUUUGAUUGUUGUCUUAGCUCCCAGGGCCACUUAUAUUUUUUUCUUAGUUAUUGGACAUGUGUUUAAAGGGAGAAGAAUGUCUGUAACUCACGAUCUGGCCUCCAGUGCCCUGAGAGACUGUUUUCACCUUCAAAAAGGGAGAGUCUGCCUAUCCAAGGCAAUAACCCUCAAUGAGAAAACGUGAGAGUUCUCUCUUCUCUUACUGCUCCCCUGUGGUAUUGGCCUGUGCUUCUCAACUGCAAAGCCAGAAAAUAAACUAGGUGGUGGUCAUAGACAAGUGUACACAGAAUCAAAAUCUCUAAUAACCUAUAAUUUUUAGUAAUUAUGUGAUGUUUUAUUCUAGGAAAUAAGAAACAGAUGACAUCAUUGAUGUAUCUUUCUUUCAUCUUCAGAAUUUUUGCAUCUUUUCAGAAAAUGACAAAUUACUAUUUUUCUGUUGCACUCAGCAAUUGUGACUAUACUUAAAAUUCUUGUAGUCUGUAGAGA